AUUAUGAGAAUGAGAGAGGGAUAUUACAGAGGGAAAGAAAAAAAAUCUACCCAGAGAGAGAGACAGAGCAGUGUUGACAGACAGAAAUUAAUCAAUAGGCAGACAGGAAGAGAGACAGGAGAGUGAGACAGAGGGAGUGAAAGAGAGACUGUUUAUAAAAGAGAGGGAAAAGGAGAGAAAGUGAGAGAGGCAGUCAGUAAGAGGAGAGAGAUAGAGGAGGAGAAGGGGGAGGAAGGGGGGCAUCCAUUUUUGUGGCGGGGAUUUGAGCUGCUUUUGUGUAACUCUCCCUGAGAGAUCGCAUGCUUGAUGAAAGGCCCUUAGAAAAUGCAAAUUGCAGCACGCAUGAAAAGCACAAAGAGGCAUCUCGCUGUCCCUGCCAUGGGUUUAAUUCUUCACCAACCACGUAGCGCUGACGUCGGGAGCAGAUAAUCUCUUCUCUGCCCGGGAGUGAGAAUAAUCAACACCCCUGGAGAGAUCCUUUGAGACAUCCUAGCAAUGGACUCUGUUCCACCACUUCUCACUCAAGCACUUCCUUCUUCUCAAUCGCCACCUCUUUCUAUCAUGAAUCCUUCAACACCUCCACAAUCCAUUUCUCAGCAACUCAAUAUAUCCCCAGCACCACCUCAACCUGUUUCCCCUCCAACCACACCUUCUCCUAUUCACAUCUCACCAUCUCCUGCUUCUCUUUCACCCUCUCCUACUGCUCUCAUGUCUCAUGUCACUAUUCUUCCUCUCAACUCUCAAAUGUCACCUUCAAAAUCUUCACCUUUACCACGUAUCAGUCCUGCUGCAACUUCCCUCCCUCUCACUUCUCCUCCAGUUUCCCCUUCACCUGUCUCUCUCUGUCCCCCAUCUGAGAGUCUUUCUCCGCAAAGGAUAACUUUCUGCCCUCCUCCAGUGGCUCUAAGUCCACCUUCCAUUUCCCUAUCUCCCCCUCCACAGUCUGUAUCUCCUCCAAUUUCUCCUUCUCCAUCACCAGUUUCUCUGUGUCCUCUUGCAGACUCUUCUGAACCUUCUACACCUCCAAUCUCCCCUUAUAUUUCAAUGAUUCCUUUGUCCCCACAAAAUCCUGACGCAUGUCAAGUAUAUUCAUUAGCUCCAACUUCUCCUUCUCCAUCUCCUCCUCCAUCUUCUCUCUCGCCAUCUCAGGCAUCACCCUCCCCCCCUCCUCCUUCUCCUCCUACCUCAUCUUCCCUCCUUGGCCUUUCUUUUGCUGAUGAAGAACUGGAUCUUCAACGUCAUUCCAAUGGUUUUUCUGAUGGUUCAAGCUCCAAGUCCCGUCAAUUUCCAUGCACAAUAUGUGGGAAGCAAUUCCGUUUUAUAAGCAUUCUGGCACUCCAUGCAAGUACCCACAGGGUACGUGGGACUCUAACCCCAGGUCGUGGAGGGCUUAAAACCCCCUUUGACUCAAACUCCCAAAGGCCUAUGAUUCUGGGACAUCAGCAUCAAAAAGAACCCCUUUCCUCUGCAAUUCAAAAUUCAGCACCAGAAGACAUUGAAGAACCAGUUCCUGUUUUGUCUAUUCCUGCUCCACUUCCCACACUUCGCCACCCUUGUCCUUUCUGCAAAGGUAAAUUUCGGAAGGCAGCUGAGUUGGAGCGUCACCUCCGAAUACUUCACCGGCCUUAUAAGUGUCACCUUUGUGACUUUGCAGCAUCUCAGGAGGGGGAGCUGAUGGGACAUGUUGAGAGGAGACAUUCAGCCCCUCAGCGACCCAAGAUUGUUCCACCUCCACCCGCCCCCGCCCCCACCCCAACUCCCGCCCUACCUCCUGCUGAGUUCAAAUGUGAGAUCUGUUCCCAGAGCUUCACCCAGUCAUGGUUCUUAAAGGGCCACAUGCGCAAACAUAAGGACUCCUUUGAUCAUCGAUGUUCAGUUUGUGGACGAUGCUUCAAGGAGUCAUGGUUUUUGAAGAACCACAUGAAGGUCCACCUUGGCAAAAUAAAAGGAGCAGCAGGGCAGGAGCCCCUUGUGCAUCAGUCCUCUCAUGCUACUACUUCAAAUUCACCAUCAUCAUCCUCCUCUUCCAGGCUUCUUGGAUAUCAAAAUUUCUAUUCAGGCCUUUUAUUGAGAUUGCCACCUCCUGGGGAUGCCACCUGCUCCCAAAUGCUCCAAGCCACGGCAAGAGCAGUGCAAAGUGGAGAUGGAGAUCAAGAUGGAGCCAGUGCAUCUUCCAGAGGACAGGCAAUGGGUGCAGCAGGCGGAGAGGGAGCCUCUUCCAAGGUUAUGCUACCCCAGGGCUCAUCUGGAAUUGUACUGAAAACAGUGGGUUUUUCAGAUAAGAAUGGAUGGAGCGUCAACUCCUCUCAGGUGGAGAGACCUCGUGGAGGAACUGGGAGAGACUGUCCCUUUUGCGCCAAAUCCUUCCGUUCUUCCCAUCACCUUAAGGUGCAUCUCCGUGUGCACACAGGAGAGCGACCUUAUAAAUGCCCUCAUUGCUCUUAUGCUGGCACUCAGUCUGGUUCUCUGAAAUACCAUCUCCAGAGGCAUCACCGCGACUCCAAACUUUCUGCUGGUGUACCCUUAAGGGGCAAGAGCAUUCAGCAAGGUGCAACCCAGCAAGAGCGACUUCUUCCUGCUGUAUCUUCUGCUUGGGGAAGUUCCUGCCCUGAUCUGCCCACUUCCUGUGAAGAUGGUACCACCCUGCCUCUUCGUCUUCACCUGAAUGAGGGUCAGGGUCCUAGUGCAUUCCCUCGCAUGACUGGCAGAGGUGGGCAGAGGAGAAGGAGCCCUUCCCAUCAACCAACUAAUGGGAGACCAGAGCAUGAGCCCUUGGAUUUGUCUCAAGGAAAUCCUUUCCACCGCUGCAUGUACUGUCCGUUUGUAACCUCUGUGGGAGAGCUGAUGAGUCUACAUUUACAAGUGCAUCAUGGAAGGAGAUCACGUAGAAAGGGAGGCUACAUAAGAGGAAGACCCCGGCCUGUGAUCAGCCCACAGUCCCAAGGCCCUAGUCUGAGAGACAGCCCAGAGCCAUGUGAAAGCACUGAGUGAACUAAUAACUAAAGGGCAGAUGGUAUGAGGAGUGCCCUGUGACUGCCCAAAAUCCAUAAUCCACAGAGAUGAGAUGUUUAGUAGUGAGAAAAUGUGAUGGGUACUAAGAGAAAAUAAGAUGGCUUGUGUUGGAUAACGAGGGGAGACAGAUAGACAAAGGGAGUGUGGCUGCAACAGCUAGGAAUGGAUAGAAUGUGGCAGAUACAGGUAGAAAAGGGUGCCGAAUGUGAUAGUUAGGGAAAAAGACAGUGAGAAAGCAAGCUGGGUUAGAGAGAUAAUUUAUGGCUUUGAAAUAGAGACAGUCAGUGACACCCUUUCCUUGGAGAGACAGUCAAUGACAGCAAUGGCAGGCAGGACAAUAGAGAUGGCAGUCAAGAGACAGCUGUUGAUGGAAUUGACUGUUUUUCAUAGGUAAUGAGAGUUAGCAAUAAAUGAGAGACUGAAAGAAAAUGAAAGAAUGGAGAAUGCGUACAGACAGAACAUUGUAUGCACUGAAGUGAAAGGGUCAGGAAGUGCACUUUUCACUAAUGUGAGCGCAUGCUUGCAGCAUAUCUGUGUUCUAAGACAAGAGAACCAGCUAGACAUAGAAUCACAGAAAGCUAGUGAUAGAAUGAGAGACACUAGAAAUAGGGUUAAAAAGGAUAAAAUAGACAUGUUAGUAAUAAUGAUUAUUUUGCCCCCAGAAAUUUCCCCUCUGGUUUUUGCUGAGACUUUAUUUUUGAUAAUAUCAUUUGGAUCGUUCAGACCCAGCCACAGGUAGACAACCCAAAAACAUGUCACCCUUCUUCCGCAUUCCCUGAUUAUUUAGAUUUCUGCUCAAAAAAAUACAUUUCCACGUUUAGAGAUUUCUAUAUUUUUUUUUAUUCUUUUCUUGUAGAAAAAUAAAUAAAUAUGAAAAAAAGAAAUAAAAA